AUGGUGCUGAUCCCUGGGGGAGUGUUCAUGAUGGGGACAGAUGAGCCGGCUAUACACGUGCACAUUCAGCAGCUCUACAUUGAUAUGUAUGAAGUCAGCAACUUGGAGUUUGAGCACUUUGUAAAUGCUACUGGUCAUGUAACAGAGGCAGAAAAGUUUGGAGACUCUUUUGUGUUUGAAGGUCUAUUGAGUGAAAAAGUAAAGAACAAAAUCACACAGUCUGUUGCCGCUGCUCCCUGGUGGAUGCCAGUGAAAGAAGCCAACUGGAGACAACCUGAAGGUCCUGAUUCGAGCCUUGCAGAUAGACUGUUCCCAUGGGGCAACAAACUCCUUCCUAAAGACCAGCAUUAUGCCAAUAUCUGGCAAGGAGACUUCCCAGCACACAACACUGGGGAGGAUGGGUACACUGAAACCUCACCAGUGACUGCCUUCCCUCCCAAUGGGUACGGUCUAUAUAACAUGGUGGGGAACGCCUGGGAAUGGACAGCAGACUGGUGGAGUGUACAUCACAGCACUGAUGAGACUCGCAGCCCGACGGGCCCUACCACAGGAAAGGACAAGGUGAAGAAAGGAGGCUCCUACAUGUGUCACAAGUCUUAUUGUUACAGGUAUCGCUGUGUGGCUCGUAGCCAAAACACCCCCGAUAGCUCCGCCUCCAACCUGGGCUUCCGCUGUGCCGCCGACCAGCUCCCAGAUUACCUGCAGUGAAGGGUCAAGGACCACACGAGGAGCACUGCAAUGCAUCUAUCGAUCUGAACAACAACCACGAGGCAGGCCUAUAUUCUAAACUUCUU